AUGGAGAUCGCGCUGGUGACUCUGGAGAACGGCGGCACCGCGGCCAUCGCGGGCGGCGAGGAUGCCGCCGGCGGCCGGGCGCGCUGGCGGGGCAACUUGCUGCACCUGGCCGGCUCGCCGCAGUUGAGCGACGGCAAGGACGGCGCCCCGCCGGCCCCGCCGCCCGCGGGGGACGAGGAGCCGGAGCGGCCCCCGCCGGGUCCCCGCGCGGGCGGCCCCGGGGAGCGGGCGGCGGAGCCCCGCGCAGCCCCCGCGCCGCCGCCGCGGCCGCCGCCCCGCGCCCCGCGCCCCGCCGCGGACUCGGGGCCGUCCGAGGAAGGGGGACACCGCCGGGGCAUGGCCAUGGCGGCGGCGGGCGACGAGGAGGAGGAGGCAGCGGCCAACCCGGGCGCCAUGCACCACCAGCGGGUGCUGAUCAACAUCUCGGGGCUGCGCUUCGAGACGCAGCUGGGCACCCUCAACCAGUUCCCCGACACGCUGCUGGGGGACCCCGACAAGCGCAUUCGCUACUUCGACCCGCUCCGCAACGAGUACUUCUUCGACCGCAACCGGCCCAGCUUCGACGGCAUCCUCUACUUCUACCAGUCCGGGGGCAAGCUCCGCCGGCCCGUCAAUGUCUCCAUCGACGUUUUCGCCGACGAGAUCCGCUUCUACCAGCUGGGUGAGGAGGCCAUGGAGCGCUUCCGGGAGGACGAGGGCUUCAUCAAAGAGGAGGAGAAGCCCCUGCCCCGCAAUGAGUUCCAGCGCCAGGUCUGGCUCAUCUUUGAGUACCCCGAGAGCUCCAGCUCAGCGCGGGCCAUCGCCAUCGUCUCCGUGCUGGUCAUCCUCAUCUCCAUUAUCACCUUCUGCCUGGAGACCCUGCCCGAGUUCAGGGACGAGAGGGAGAUGCCCAUACCCCUGCCCCCGCAAGGUGGAGGUUUGAAUGGCACGCCCGGGGACUCCCCACCCAUGCAACCACCCAGCAGCCUGGCUGACCCCUUCUUCAUCAUCGAGACCACCUGCGUGAUCUGGUUCACCUUCGAGCUCCUCGUGCGCUUCUUCGCCUGCCCCAGCAAGCCCGAGUUCUCCCGCAACAUCAUGAACAUCAUCGACAUCGUGGCCAUCAUCCCCUACUUCAUCACCCUGGGCACCGAACUGGCCCACGAGCAGCAGCAGCCCGGGGCUGGCAGUAGCAAUGGGGGCGGGGGCCAGCAGCAAGCCAUGUCCCUGGCCAUCCUCAGAGUCAUCCGCCUGGUCAGAGUCUUCAGGAUCUUCAAGCUCUCCAGGCACUCCAAGGGGCUGCAGAUCUUGGGACAGACUUUGAAAGCCAGCAUGAGGGAGCUGGGCCUCCUCAUCUUCUUCCUCUUCAUCGGGGUGAUCCUCUUCUCCAGCGCUGUCUACUUUGCUGAGGCUGAUGACCCCGAGUCUCAUUUCUCCAGCAUCCCUGAUGCUUUCUGGUGGGCUGUGGUAACCAUGACUACUGUGGGCUAUGGGGACAUGAGACCUGUCACCGUGGGGGGCAAGAUUGUGGGCUCCUUGUGUGCCAUCGCGGGUGUGCUCACCAUUGCCCUGCCUGUCCCUGUCAUCGUGUCCAACUUCAACUACUUCUACCACCGAGAGACUGACCACGAGGAGCAGGCUGUCCUCAAAGAUGAGCACAGCAGUGCUCAGGGCAGCACUGCGGGGGGAGAAGUGAAGAGGAGACCCAGUAAAAACUCUCUGAACAAAUCUGUUGUGCACUUGGAAAACAGUGAGGAGUUCAACAAUGGCACCAGCUCCUUAGAGAAAGCCAAUAUCAAAGCAAAAAGUAACGUAGAUCUCAGAAAAUCCCUCUAUGCCCUCUGUCUGGACACCAAUAGGGAAACAGACCUGUGAGGAGAGGAGACAGUUAGAGUUCAGAGGGGCAGAAGGAUUUCCAGGUGUCAGAAAUUUGCUACUAUAAUUAUUCUUUUAGUACCAAUUAGUUUUUUAAGUCAGGCUGUAUUUUAUAAAUUGAUCGCUGUCCUGAGCAGUCCUCCAGGAAUACAUGUUUUUAUGUUCUUUUUCCAUGACACAAAGGGUCACCUAUUUUUAAAAUAGACUAAGAAUAUGCUACACUCCGUGAUGCAGGAGCCGGUAAAUUGUGACAGUGAAAAAUCUAACUUGUAGAAACUUUUUUAGCAAAUGGUCAUUGGUUUUGAAUGGGUCAUUUGUAACCAAUUCAGUUGCUCCGAGUUUAGUGUAAAAAACCGGGUGGAUGUGUGUGUGUGGAGAAUGAAUGGCUUGGGGAUGGGAGGGGGGAGGUUGAGGGGUUUUGUACUGUAGUUUCAAAUUGAAAUUAUUCAAAUAUAUUUUGUAUCUGUAUGACUGUAUUUAUGGUUGAAAGGAGAUUUCUUAUUCCUGUGAAAUAUGAUAUCAUUAAAGCACUAGGAACAUUAGCAAAUCAGCACUUUCUGAGUUUUCCACUAGUGAUCAGUACAGAUCUGGUUAUUUUGUAUGUGAAGUGAAUUUGGUGCUUUGAACCCUAGAGCAGAAAACUUCUGUUGUCAUUGAUAUGUUAGUUUCUUGUGAGCCUUAAAUUAUUAAAUAUUGUAGAUAUACUUCUUUAUAAAUAAUUUUAUUAGUUACCUUCCUGUUUCAGAAUUUAUGAGUAACUCAGUCAUGUGCUUACUGGCCCCAUUCAAAAAAGUAUGUGCAGCUUUUUUUUUUUUUUUUUUUUUUUUUUUUUUUUUUUUUUUUUUUUUUUUUUUUUUUUUUUUUUUUGUGGUUUUACAGUUUUGUAUCUUUGUUAUAUUUUCGAGACCUAAAGGAAAAAAAUGCACUGUCUGCUGUUACUGGUUUCAGUCCAGUGCACAACGGAUCGGAAGUGAUCUGAACAGAUUUUCAAGUGCACAACAGAUCAAAAACGUGAGGGAGUGGAUAGGCAGAAUGAGAAAGUAGAAUAUUGAGUGCAAUAUCUGCAGAACUGUUUUCAUGGUACACUCCAGAUUCCCUGAGCGUGUGAAUCAGUCACCUCUAUGUAUGCACACACCAUUUGUGUACGCAGUUCUCUGGUUUUAGUUCUCUCAGACCGGGAGUGGAUGGCACUUCAGGAGUUGAACGUGGCCAACAACCAUUGCCUGGCUUUUCUCUUGGACACGGAUGGAAAGCACCAUCUUUUCAUCAAAACACACCCCUGGUUGCUUCAAUUUCCAAACAAAACCUCAGUGCUGUGGAUUUUACAAUUGAGGUGUUGCUGAGAGAAGAGUGACACAUUGCCUUCAUCAGGAUAGCAGCUAACUCUGAAGACCGACACAAAGUUGCUCCUUUAGCCCAAAGAGCUUUUUACAAUUUCUCUUGCAAAGGACAUCUCUGUUUCCCCCUCCAGUUUCUGUUGUAUUGCUGAAGGAUGUUCCAUGCCUUUCCCACGUCCCGUGGCACAGCAAGAGUAGCAGAGAAGAGAGUGCUUAAUUGUCAACAUCGCUCAAGGAAGAAGAUAAAAAAGAAAGAUCUAUAUUUUAUUUCUGUGCUUCAACUGGUGUGCCAUGGAGAUUGUCAUUUGCAAUAUUCUGAAAAACAGCUGUGGUUGUCUUAAAAUUGACACUGGAAAAAAUGUUGCUGGAGAAUCACCUUGGAUGAAAACAGAGCAGUUCAAGCAGGAAUGGUGUUCUCCACGGCUCUCCACGGCUUCCCUAACACACCAGUGAGCCACGAGACCCAGGCAGAAAUUCCAGUGUGGGGAGAGUGUGAGUCAUGAGAUGAAGCUGCCUGGGAAGCUACUUGGGAAUAACUUGUAUGGUUUUAAAUAUUCUACUUAAGCAAUCUCCUGUUAUUUUUUACUUUUAAAUCUCCAUCUAUUUAACUUAUUCCCAUAUACCAAGUCUUUUUUAUUUUCCAAUGCGUAAAGAAAGAAAGACUUAUUUUGGAAGUUCUACAAAAAUGGAAGUCAUUGUAAUCAUGAUUUGAUGUCCUUGGAACACACUUUAUUUACUAUUUGUUUUUAUUAGGACAUUGUUUGAACGUAACUUUAAGCCCAAUAAGGUUCCAGGACUAAUCUCCUGGGAGAGGAUAUUUAUGGUCCAUAUUUUCAGAGAGGGAGAUUGGAAGUAGAAAAAGGCUUAAGUAUUUAGGCCUUGCUUCAGCUCUGAAGGCAGGGGAAAUCUGCAAAUAGUCACUUGACCAGCUGAAGGAGAGGGUGGCAUAUGCAGAUGCCCAGCUCCGAGGGGCACUUGCAUUCCAUGUGUGCCCAUUCCAAGAAGAAACGUGGGCCUCACACUGUGUGCUUUACUUCAGGGGAACUGACCUAUUUUUCUAGAGAGGAAAAAUCUACCAUACAAAUCUAAUUUGCAAGGAUUGUGGGAGUGGAAACAGGGCUGGUUUUUUGGGUUUUUUGUUUUUGUUUUUUUUUUCCUCUAGGAUAUUUGGUUAUGCAAACAAAUUGAUGAGGGAGAAACUUCCAGAAGGAAAACCACUGAUGGUGUUCAGCGUCACUCAAUUAAUUGUAACACUCUUGAAAGGGAAGUGAAAUAAUGGUGAAUCUUUCAGAGAAUCAGAAAAUCAUAGAAUGGCCUGGGUUAGAAAGAUCCUUAAAGAUCCUCUAGUUACAACCCCCUGCCAUGGGAAAAGACACCUUCCACUUUGUUCUAAGCCAUAAUUUUGUGUCCAAUGUGGAGCCUAAUGGUUUUUCCUCCUUAAUCACUGCAGCUUUUUGCAUGACACUCUCCUGAUUGCCUUCCUUCUGCAAACACUGACCAUUAGGAAGACACUGCUGUAGAGUCUGAAACCAAACCAGCCUAUUCCUUGUUCUCAAGUCAUCUUGGGUUGGAAGCUGCUGAAAACCUUCCUUCUGGAUAAAUAACUGUGAUGUCCCCAUCAUCCCCAGAAUUGGAUUCCUUCACAGGAAUUGCUGAAACACUGCUCUGCUCCAAGGUUUCUCUCACAGAAGAAUUGUGCAGCUUCACAACAGGAGUGAGAAAAGCUUAAAUGCUUUGGGGCUCACUCCCAGGCACAAGACUUUAUUUGAGCUUUUGUUUGGAAAUAAAUUAAGUUCUUGUCAUAGAUUGGGCAUAUUCUCCCGUGAUUCUUACAUAUCAAACUUUCUCAUCAUUCUGGAAGAAGAUUUAAGUGUUAGUUCUCUUUCUUUUAUUGGCACUUGUCUUUAUUUAUUUUGUAUUCUUGAGAUGUGCUGCAUCUCUGGAGUUUGUAUUUCUACUUUUAUCAUAAAAAUGCUGUACAUACAAGUCUAGAAUGCAUCUGAAGAUUAGUCUAAUUUUUCAUGUGACUUUGACUUGAACAUUUUUCUGUUUAUGUUUAUAUUGCUAUUUCAAAUAUGUGCAUUACCUGUAUUCUUUAUGCCUUUUCCCCAUCUGUAACUCAAUAAAAUAAUGUCCCCAUUCUUCAGAACCAUA